AUGGUCAUGUCCUCACAGCUCAGUGGUGGCCGAAUAGGACGGGAUAACCAACAGGCAGUUGGUUUCAUAAGGACGCACUGUGCUAGUCUUUUACGGAUAGUAUGUCAAUGCUAUGAGGAUCCUAGCGGGUCCGCAUCACCAACCUCCUCGCCACCUAAGAAAGAGGUGAAGAUUGACAAGGUCACCUCAGAAGCUAUGGACAAAUUAGGGUACGACGAUUCGGGGCUCUCCCUACCUCUAGGCUGGAUGGCUGCUGCUAUUGUCAGUAUUCUCAUCGCUGGUGGUCCAUCAUUUGGCUCGCCAUGCAAGACCCUUCACGAGGCAGUCUUUGCCCUCAAUGGUGCCUCGUCCUUGCGUAGUCGUAUAUCUAGUAGUCCUAGUAUAGCAUUCGAGAAACUGCAGGGGCUGAUCGAAUCGAAUUUAGUAUGGAACGAAGUAGUGUACACUCCAACACUGGGCACCAACAAGUCCGGGCCCAUAAAUACUGAGAGUCCCCCUUCUUGCGCCGUCGGAUAUCGGUCGUUGACCCUCUCGGGCUUGACCAGAACCACUGUGCUUCGUGACACCACUCGAGGUAGUCCGCCGACGGACUUGGUGUACAUCUCCAACUGCAGCGAGACCAGCAUUUACCUCUCUGGUCCAGCUAGGUUCGCUGCAGUGGUGGGAUGUGUCGACUGUGACAUAGUGCUAUGUUGCUGUACGUGUCAAGUGUCUAUAGCUAACUGUGAGCGAUGUAAUGUUCAUACCCUCACCAAUGCUAUAAGGUUGGAGAGCGGAGUGGAUGUCAACUUGUAUACAUUGACGAGGAAUCCACCCGUCAUAACAGGCGACUGUCGAGGCAUCAAGUUGGCGCCCUUCAAUGUGUUGUAUAGCAUGUUGGAUAUGCUAGGCACUGCUAGGGAAGCGCCGAAUCGGCAUGCUGUGAGUCGAGGCAAUAGGAAGCUCAUUGGUGAUGCCCUCCUUGGUCAGGCUGGUGUGUGGGCCCAUCCAGCAUGGUGUCCUCUCAUGCCAGAAGGAGGGGGAGGAGAGCGUGCCUCGUCGGCUAGCACUACAUCGAAUAGGACUUCGACGGCUUCCACUAGUUCGGAUAAACUCACCCAAGGAUACUAUCUCGUGAGGCUUGGUGCAAUGGCACCAGAGAGCUUCAGCACGAUUAGUUUCCCCGAACCUCGGAAAGCUUCGUAUGAAGGAGAUCAAAUUGGAGAGGGCUGCGUAGGGAAAUUAGCUUUGCCUGAGGUUUACUAUGAGGCUCUGGAGGAACGGAGAAAGGCUCAUGCGAAGGUCUGCGAGCAACUCGAUGAAAUCAGCGAUAGUGGGCGACGACAGCAAGUGUCGGAGCUCAUGGAAGGCUACUUCCGAGAAUGGAUCGCUAAUAGCAAUCGUACUCGGCAGUUGGUCGACUUGGUUAGAAUAUCCCAAGAGCAACAACACGAGGCAGGUCGAGACAGGACCACUGUUGUCCGGGAGCGUUAG